AUGGCGGGCUGCUGCGGCGCGCUGCGGGCCUUCCUGUUCGAGUACGACACGCCGCGCAUCGUGCUCAUCCGCAGCCGUAAAGUGGGGCUCAUGAACCGCGCCGUGCAGCUGCUCAUCCUGGCCUACGUCAUCGGGUGGGUGUUCCUGUGGGAGAAAGGCUACCAGGAGAAGGACUCUGUGGUCAGCUCCGUUACGACCAAAGCCAAAGGCGUGGCCCAGACCAACACUUCUCAGCUUGGAUUCCGGAUCUGGGAUGUGGCCGAUUAUGUGAUCCCUGCUCAGGAGGAAAACUCACUCUUCAUCAUGACCAACAUGAUCAUCACCGUGAAUCAGACCCAGGGCACCUGCCCCGAGAUUCCCGAUAAGACCACCGUGUGUGAAUCUGAUGCCAACUGCACAGCGGGCUCCUCAGGCACCCACAGCAAUGGGGUCCAGACUGGAAGAUGUGUUCCGUUCAACGGGUCCGUGAAGACCUGCGAGGUGGCGUCCUGGUGCCCUGUGGAAGAUGACUCGCGGGUGCCACGACCUGCUUUUUUAAAGGCUGCCGAAAACUUCACACUCUUGGUAAAGAAUAAUAUCUGGUACCCUAAGUUCAACUUCAGCAAGAGGAACAUCCUGCCCAACAUCUCCACCGCCUACCUCAAGUCCUGCGUGUAUGAUGCGCACACCGACCCCUUCUGCCCCAUCUUCCGGCUGGGCCAAGUGGUGGAGAGCGCGGGCCACAGCUUCCAGGACAUGGCCGUGGAGGGUGGCAUCAUGGGCAUCCAGGUGAAAUGGGACUGCAACCUGGACCGGGCUGCCUCCCUCUGCCUGCCCCGCUACUCCUUCCGGCGACUGGACACGCGGGACGCUGACCACAAUGUGUCCCCCGGCUACAAUUUCAGGUUCGCCAAGUACUACAGGGACCUCGCCGGCCAGGAGCAGCGCACGCUCAUCAAGGCCUACGGCAUCCGCUUCGACGUCAUCGUGUUUGGAAAGGCUGGGAAAUUUGACGUCAUCCCCACCAUGAUCAACGUGGGCUCGGGGCUGGCGCUGCUGGGCGUGGCGACAGUGCUGUGUGACAUCAUUGUCCUCUACUGCAUGAAGAAGAGGUUCUACUAUCGGGAGAAGAAGUACAAGUUCGUCGAAGAUUACGAGCAGGGUCUUGCUGGGGACACGGAACAGUGA